AUGAAGAGCCAAGGUGAAGAGGAGUCCACUUCACCUAAUGGCACUUACAUAUCAAUUGAUAUAUAUGAGGUGCCCACUCCGCUGGUGAUAUUCCUUUCUUGUUGCUAUGGAACAAUAUCACUGGUGUCAGUUGUGGGUAAUUUAUUGGUGCUUCUCAUAGUAGCUAUUAGUCGCCGAAUGAGAACAGUCACCAAUUAUUACAUCGCCAACUUGGCAACUGCUGACAUAGUAAUCGGGCUGUUUGCCAUCCCAUUCCACUUCCAGGCUGCUCUGCUUCAGAGAUGGGUCCUGCCUCCCUUCAUGUGCGCUUUCUGCCCAUUCAUCCAAGUGAUGUCAGUGAACGUCAGCGUGUUCUCCUUGGCUGCUAUUGCAGUUGACCGCUAUCGGGCUGUCAUGUAUCCGAUCAAAGCCAAAACAGCCAAAGGAAGCGCCAAGUGGGCCAUUCUAUUCAUAUGGAUUUUAGGAUCCCUGAUCGGAGUUCCAUAUGCCAUAGCAUUGAGAGUGACAAUGAUGUUUGAUCCAGAGACUGGAGAUUACACUAAACCAUUCUGCCAGAACGUGGGAAUUCCUGUGUUUUGGUGGAAAGUGUACGGCUAUACUUUGGUAUGUCUCCAGUAUGUAGUGCCACUAAGUGUCAUCACUUUGGUAUAUGCCAUCAUCGGUAUGAAGCUGAAGGCUGCACCGAUUCCAGGAAAUAGCGAAGGCGAAAGAGACAACGCAGUUUUGAGGAACAGAAAGAAGGUUAUUCACAUGUUGUUCAUCGUGGUGGCUCUCUUCGGUAUCUGCUGGCUUCCGCUGCAGCUUUACAAUUUUAUCCAAGAGGUCAUGCCUCAGAUCAACUCCUACAAGUACAUCAAUCUCAUCUGGUUCAGUUGCCAUUUGUUGGCUAUGAGCAACUCGUGCUACAAUCCUUUCAUCUACGCCAUGUACAAUAAGAGAUUUAAUGCAGAAUUCAAGAAUCGAUUCGGGCGCUGCUUCUCUAUUUUCCGCAAGCGAAGGGCUCUCGACAUCUCAUCGGCCAGAUAUGGGUGAAGCGUCAGG